GUUUGAUCACUGGUUUUAUUAUUUUUUUAUUUGUAAAAUUAUUACGAUUCUAAAUUCUCAUUUCGAUUUCUAAAUGAAAAUUCAGAUUUUUCAAUUCUUUUUAUUAUCCACUCUGAAUGAAGAAAAUUGUUUCGAGUGAAACAUAAUGAUGAUGUCGAUCGAAACAACAAUCGCAUCAUCGAAUGCUAGAUUGCCACCAUCAUCAACAACAUCGACAUUAUUAUCAUCAUCGUCGUCAUCAUUAUCUGUCAUCGAUCAUGGAGUUUGUGAUGAGUCCAAUAUUGGAAAAUCAUCAUCAUCAUCAUCAAUAACCAUGGCAAAUAAUGAAGCAAAAAUUCUGCCAAAGAAACGAAAAUUAAAUUUAAAUCAUUUUGAUUUAUCACCAUCAACAACUGUGACAUUGUCGCCAACAACGUCAUCUAUUACCACAAGAAUACAUACAACUAGUGAUACGAAUAAUAAUCAAAUACUUUACCGUACAAUAGAUAGUGAAACGGAUAUGAACGAUAGAACUGUAGUAAUUAAUACAUCUCAUGAAACCUCAUCAUCCAAUCUGUGUGAUAAUAGCCAUAAUUCAUUAUCAUUAGCGACAAAUGAAAUCAACAGGGAUACUGAAGAAAAAACAUCAUCUUCACAUUCUUCAUCAUUAUUAUCCGAUCUAUCCGAAUGGAUUGGACAUCGGGUUUUAGCCAGACGGAAACGAUGGUCUAAUGAAUUGAUAAAUUAUCAAUAUUAUUACUAUCAAUCUGGUGUUAUAAAAACAUUUGAUCUCAUCAAAGGUCUCGGUGUACAAUUUGAUGAUGAUGAUGAUGAUGAGAAUAAUAAAUCAUCAUUGACAACGUCUGAUCUCUCUCAAUCAAUUUCCUCAUCACAAUCACAUUCAUCUAUUGAAUAUUACAAUGGUAAUUGUCUUUCAUAUAUAAUCGGUGAUUGUGCACCAUCUGCUCGACAGAUUCGUGUUGGGCGUCGUGUAGUCGCACGAUCUCUGAAUCAUUCACCAAAAUUUCGUGAAGGUGUUAUCGAAGAAAUUUUAGUAAAUUCUAGCAACGAAUUUCAAUCGAAAUCAUCGAUUUCGUAUCGUGUAAGAUUUGCUGAUUCUCCAUCAUCAUCAUCAUUGAAUGAAUCAAGAACGGCAAUACUUUCAAGAGCUAAUAUUCGAUUGUUUUUACAGCCAUGGUCCGAUGAUGAUAAUGAUGAUCAUGAUGUUGUAACAAAUAUUCCUUUGAUGAUGAAACAACAAUCUAUACCGAUUUUCGAACCUUCACCAUCCUCACAACAACAAACCGAAUCAACUAAACUUAUUACAACUCAAGUCGGUGUGAUUCAAGAAGUUCGAGGAUCUCAACAACAAUCGAAGACGCCAUCAACAACAAGUAGUCAUAAUGUUAGCGUUAUUACAAUGGCAGGAUCAUCAUCGAUUCAUCAACAUCAAUCAACGGCUAUUCGUCAAACGGAAAAUGAUUCUCAUAAAUCGCAUGUCAUACAGGGGCCAAUAACGAUGAACAAAUUUCAAUAUGAGCUUGAGAAUUUAUCAAUAAUGUCGAAAACCUCGCCAUUUCAUCAUCAACAUCAUCCGCAUAUAAAACAGAAUAAUUAUUCAGAUUAUCUUCAUCAUUCGGGAUACUAUCAUCAAAAACAUAAACAAGAUUCCGGAUCGAUUGAUAGCAAUAAGAAUUUGGUUAAUGACGAUGAUAAUAAUAUAAUCGAUACGAAUGGUGAUAAUCAAGAUGAUGAUGAUGACGAUGAUGAUAAUGAUCAUGAUACUGAUGAUGAUAACGAUGAUGAUGAUGAUGAAGCAGCCGAUGCUGAAGUUUAUCAAAGUUUAGCCAUGUUUGGCGGUUAUAAUGAUAACAAUAUCAUUAUCGAUCAUCAACAUCAAUCAUCGAACCAUCAAAGGAUUGGACCAACAACAACACCUACAAAAAACUCAGGAUCUACAUUAUCUGGUCCAAUAAACAUUCAUCAACAUCAACAUUCUGAAUGCAACGAACUUAAUCAUACAAAUAAUCAACAAUCACAAACAGAAACAACAACAACGACAAAUGCCUUACAACAAAAACAAUAUAAAAAGGGUGAUAUUGUUUCAACACCGAAUGGUAUAAGAAAAAAAUUCAAUGGAAAACAAUGGCGACGAUUAUGUUCGAAAGAUGGCUGUACAAAAGAAUCUCAACGUCGUGGAUAUUGUUCUCGUCAUUUGUCUAUGCGUGGUUCAAGUAUAUCCGCAUUGACAAAAAGUCAUCAUCAUCAUCAACAUCAAUCUAAUCAUCAACAGCAACAAGUUGUACCACCACCACCACAAGUGGUCAUUUCUUCACCGACAAAAUCUAUGAAUAAUUCUACAUCCGCUUAUUCGACUACAAACAAUCAGCAGUCAUCAUCAUCGUUAUCAUCAAAUUCAUCAAGUUACAAAGAAAAACGUCCACCAAAUUUGGAUGUAUCUGAAGCAGCAUCAUUAUUGGUCUCAUUAAAAUCCUCUAAUCAACGCUCUGCUGAUAGUAAUGGUCAGUCAUCGCCAAAUGAUUUAUCAAUGCCGCAACCACACCAUUAUAGAUCAUCAUUAUUUCCAUCAUCGACUGUCAUUCAGCGUAAUUAUGGUCUUGAAAAUAAUCAAAAUGUAUCGAAUAGUUUGUAUCCACAAGGCGGUAAUGGCGGUAGCUCAUCGGCUGGAUCAUCUCCAUUGCCCAUAACGCCAGUAAUGCAAUUAUUGCCAUUUUUCCAACCGAUUACUGCCAAUCAUCAACAGCAUUUUUCAAGUUCUAAUGCCAACGGGACCGAAGCAUCGACAGCCGUGAAUGGGUUACGAUCAUUUUCAUCAUCUACAUCAUCGUCACGAUCAUCCAAUGCUCCAUCACCCACACCAUUCGGUUUAAAUUAUAAUUCACAACCGACACCCACCGGAACUCCUUCAACAUUAUUCCCGCCUUCUCAUCAUCAUGGUAUUGGUUUUUUAUCGAAUGGUGGUAAUCUGAAAUCAUCCAAUCUUCAGCAUCAUUUGCCAAAUUCGCCAUCAUUGGUUACGUCGUCAUCAUCGCCAUAUUUGACUGUUCAAACUUCAUUAUCAGAUCAUAGCCAUCAUAAUGAUGAUAAAAAAAUAUCGCCAUCUUCAUCCACAUCAACAAAUUCCGAAUUACAUUUUCCGUGGUAUUCUGUGGUGCCAUAUUUUAAUCCGAAUACACCUAGUUCAUCCCCAACCGCACAACCGCAACAUCAAAAACCAUUGAUCUCUUUGACAACAAGUGAUGAUUUUUAUCAUGGCCAAUCAGCAACCAAAUCUCAUUAUCAUAAGAAGCCACAAGUUGGUGGUUUUCUAUAUCUUUCUCCCUCUAUAGGUGGCAUUAUUGGAAAUGAAAGCUUGUCCGAACCGAUCUCACCGCCACAUUCGGCACCACCACAUUUAACUCUUCAACACAAUAAUCAUUUUGCUUCAUUUGGUUUAGAUGAACGUGGUAAUGAUGAUCAAAAUGAAAAUAAUAAUGAUGGUGAGGAUGAUGAUGAUGAUGUCUUUGUCAAGAAUUCAAAGCACCAACAUAAUAAAUGUGAUACCAAUACAAUGGCAAACAGUCUAACUGUGCUGAAUUCUAAAAACAAUAUUGAUCAAAGUGAUCAUUCUCAAGAUACAAACGAUAGUAAUAGUGAAUCAAAUAUCGAUGGCAAUAUCAACACUGAAACUAAUACAAAAUCUUCUAAGAAAUCUAAGCGAAGAAGUCAUUCGUUAUCAUCUAUAAAUAAUAUUAAAGAAGGUCGUUCGAAAAAACGUCCGGCAGCUGGGACUGUUCCAAAUGGUGACAAUAGUAAUGAGCAAACAAAUUCUGUUACCGAUUUGGAUAAAAAACAUAUUCGACGACCAAUGAACGCAUUCAUGAUCUUUUCGAAACGACAUCGAGCUCUUGUACAUCAUAAACAUCCAAAUUCAGAUAAUCGUACUGUGUCCAAAAUUCUCGGCGAAUGGUGGUAUUCAUUACCUGCUCAAGAAAAACAACAAUAUCAAGAAUUGGCUAAUAAAGUUAAAGAAGCUCAUUACAAACGUCAUCCUGAUUGGAAAUGGUGUUCAAAAUCAAUGCUGCCCGAUUCGGAGCAUGGAAAAAUUGGUGAAGAUGAUGAAGAUUAUGUUAAUAGUAGUGCCAUCUUUUCAAUGAAUGCAAUCACCAGCAGCAAUAAUAAUGGUUCGAAUGGUCAUAAAAAACGCCGAAACAAACUAAAUGAAGAUAUCAGUGCUACCCAGCCCAUUGUUUUAUCUCCUAAAUCCCCUCAAAACGAUAAUGAUCAUGUUGAUCCACCACCUUUGAUGAUCGUUACUGAAGAAGAAUCAUCCAAAAAUGAUGAACAACUAGAAUCUCAGGCCAUUAACUUAUCAAAGAGUAAUGAGGAUGACAAAUUGACAAUACCUAGCUCAUUUUCUAUAGCCAAACUAUCAGAAUCCUCGUCGAAUCAAACAACGCUAUCUUCGCCUUCAUUUAUCCAAUAUAAAUACAAAAACAUGGUAAACAAAUCAAAUGUUACGACUGCUGCAGUAUCGAGUUCUUCAUUAUCCACAACACCGUCUGCAUCAUCCAUUUCAUCAUCUCCGCUAACAUUGUCAUCGUCUUCGACAACACCUAGUUCAGCAUCAUCAAUAUCGGGAAUUAACAAUGUGGAUAUUUUGCCUUCAUAUCAUCAGGCACAAAGAUCUCCAGUUAUUUGUACAGCAAAUAAAUCGUUGGAUAACAAUCAAUCUACAAAUGCUAAAGAAUCACUCCCAAUGUUCUACAAGACGAUAAUGAAUUUUAAAUCGGGUAAUUUAUCGGUUACAACCCCACCAACUCCUAUUACAUCGAUUCCAGAAUCAUCUACUACAACAAAUGGAUCCAUUAAUUCAACAUCGGAGAGUAAGAAAUUCAUUCUUGCACCAACCCCAGCACAAUUAGGAAAAUCUCGUGCAGCUGCUACCAAAGCAAAGAGAGCUGCUGUUACAGAGCUUGAAUCUACAUCCAUUUCCAUGAAUAACGAAUCUGUUAGUGAAUCUGCAUUAGAAUCAUCUCCAAUCGAAAAUCUACCACAGGAAAAUGAGCCCAAAGAUCUUUCACCUAAGAAUUGUGAAUGCAAAGAGCAAUCAAAUAGUAUGAUUACUGAUGAAUCUCAGUUAAAUUUGAAUAAUAAUGAAACUGUGAUGACUAUCGAUGAGAAUAGUUAUCAACAACCUGAUGCAAUGGAUAAAAUACUUGAAGAAGUUAAUUUCGAACAACAUUUUGAACAGUUACCAGAAUUCGAUCCAUCGAUAGCACCAUCGGUAGUUACACCAACAACGCCAAUACAAUUAUCACCAUCGAUGACUGCUGCAUUCGUAUCAUCUUAUCGUAAACGGCAACAACGUAAACAACAUUUAGCUGCAUUAGCAGCCAUUUCGGCAAGUAUCAAUAAUAAUCAACAAUCACAGCAACAACCACAACAAACAUCGUCAUCAACUUCACAAUUGAGUGCAAAUAGCAAUAAGACAACACCACCGGAUAGUCUUAGUCCAUUGAUUGUAAAAACACCUGAUAGUAGUACUCAAACUGGUGCUGCCUUUUUUGGGCCAAAUUUUAAUCUUACUGAAGCCAUCAAUCAUUUGAAUACGUUGACAAAUAGCGGAGAUUCGAUAUCACCUAAAACUCCACUCGAUCAACCACCAAAUUCAGCAAAUAGUGAGAAGCAAGGAUCAUCAGUUCGCAAGAUUUUAGAUCAACGACGACAACUUGUCAUGCAAUUCUUUGCCGACAAAGGUCUUUUUCCAUCAACUCACGAAACAAAUGAAUUUCAAAGAAAAUAUCAUGAUAUAUUUCCAAAUAAGAAUACUUUACAGCUAAAGAUUCGUGAAGUACGUCAAAAAUUGAUGUCAUUUAAUAUGACGGAAAAUUCAUCCACAACAACAACUACUACUGGCAAUAAUUCUAUACCAGUCACAACAACAUCGACAGUCAUUUCACAAAUGACUACCACCGAUUCGCAACAAAAUUGAAAUUUGAGACCAGUUAAAAUCAAUUCGAUUUCGAUUUACAAAAAUUAAUUGACAUUCUGAUUUUACGCGCAGAACAAAAUCCUUGAAAUCCAUAUGCAAUAAAUUGUAAAUAAGACUGAUUUGUUGCCUCCCCCAUUUUUCCAUAAUUUUUCACAUCCGAUAUGAACCGUGUUU